GCGGUCUCAUUUUCACGCACGAUAGCGAUGGUCGGACGAAUAGUUUCAAAAUAUUGGAUUAUUUAAUCGCAAUUUAGUGUUUCAACCAAGAAAAAAAUCCAUCCAAAAUGUCCGGUAUCACCAGUGCCGCCGGAUUACUGGCAUCCAAGUGCAUCCUGAACGCUCAGCAACAGCCUACGCGGAUGCUACUACAGUACACAACAGUGCGCCACCACCGGAAGCCCCGCUGGCUUGGUACUGCCAAAAGCAAACUGUUUCGCGUACCGGAGCGGAAACAACAGAUAGCGGACGAAGUAGCCGAACUGAAGCGGCUGCACAACAACUAUCACACUCAGAUGAAGGCGGUACGUCGGUUUCUGAUGGACGAGGUCGAAGCUUCGAAGCUGGUGUCCCGAGCAGGUGUGGUUAUUCAAACACCAGAAGAGGAAGCUGCAGAAUGGGAAGAGGUUCAGCGGAUCAACGAAGAUUGGAACCGAAAGGUGGGUGAGGUGCGUGACAAGCGUUUGGCUGAGGAACGGGAACAGCGGAGGAAUUAUAUCCUGGAGAGGUUGGUAGCCAAGGAACAGCGGGAGCAGGAAAAUCGCGAACGAGUGGAAGAACGGGUUCGUCUGGAGAAGGAACUGUCCAAGGCAUACAUUACCAGGGAUAAUAUUGAAAAGGCGAUCGAAAUGGCUUUGGUGCAACCGAUAAGCUAUAAUUUUGCAAUCGAUUUGAAUGGAAAUAUUCACCGGACCGAGGAUCGUCAGAGCCAGGAGACGAAAAAUGAAUAGGUUGGACGAGGAGGGUCGUUGUUACAGUCGAGUUAAA